AUGUCUAUGAUCCCCUACAAUGGUGGAAACCUGGAUGUUGUGCUGCGGCACAAUGACUCCGUGGUUGUCUUUGACCGCGAUUCGCAUCAGCUCGUUCUCCGCAGUACGGCAGACACCGAUGACGAUGUAGAGCUCGCCAACUGCCCGCUCUGCCACCGUCCUAUGCGCGACAGUAGCAGGGGGCGGCAUCGUGGCAGUCAUGAGCCUGAGGGGGAAUUUAUAAAUCCCAAUUAUUUUCGCAUGCUCAACAACAGUCUCCCCAGCUCCCCCUCUGCCUCGACUCCUUCUUCCCCACGACGCCGCCUUGUCCAACCUGCCCUUCCCGGUACACCGCUCCAUGAACCCCGUGUUCAAGCUACAUCUGGAUCACAGGGGAUCUCCUCUGCAGCAUUCAGUCCAGAUUACUUCAAGAGAUUCUUUGUUGAGAAACGAAUUCUGGGCAAAGGUGGGAAAGGUGUGGUGCUACUAGUAAAGCAUGUCUUGGAUGGUGUGUCUCUUGGCGACUAUGCAUGCAAGCGUGUCCCGGUCGGUGAUGAUCAUGAGUGGUUGGAGAAGGUUCUUGGCGAGGUACAACUAUUACAGCACCUCUCACACCAGAACCUUGUCUCGUACCGUCAUGUCUGGCUGGAAAAUGCAAAGAUAAGCAACUUCGGCCCCAGUGUGGCUUGCGCAUUCAUUUUACAACAAUAUUGCAAUGCUGGUGACUUGCACAACUACAUCUGUGGCUCUGUUCAGACCUCGAGCACCGCCCAGCAGUUGAAGGACCGUCUCCGGCGGAAGUCGAAGGGCGAACCUGAGCUUCAAACGGGCACGGGAGGUCCUCGCACACUUCAGCUGGAUCAGAUCUACUCUUUCUUUCGUGAUAUUACUUCCGGUUUACGCUAUCUUCAUGCCAAUGGGUAUAUUCAUCGUGAUUUGAAGCCACACAAUUGUCUUCUUCAUGAGACUAGUGACGGUAUCAGAGUCUUGGUCAGCGACUUCGGUGAAGUGCAAUCACAGCAUUCAAUGCGCAAGUCAACUGGGGCAACGGGUACCCUUUCGUACUGUGCACCUGAAGUUCUUCGACAAGAAUACCCCAAUGGACCGUUUGGGAAUUUCACUUUCAAAUCCGACAUUUUCUCCCUCGGCAUGAUUCUUUACUUCCUCUGCUUUGCAGCUCUGCCAUAUGCCAAUGCCGAUAUUAUCCACGAAGAAAAAGAGGACUUGGACCAGCUCCGCGCGGAAAUCACCAGCUGGGCUGGAUUCGACCAUGCACGAGCAAUCCGCCCCGACCUUCCCGAGAAGCUGUAUAAAUUCCUUGAACGUCUUCUCUCUAUCGACCCAGGUCGACGACCUUCAGCUGAGGAAGUCUUAAGUGGUAUCCAAGCCGGCGCCAAUUCCAACGCAAAUGACAACUUCCGCUUCAGAAAGGCCAGCUCAGCAGGUCCCGAUCUGCCAGGUGCUCGAAUUCACCCCGUGGACAGCCCACAGCCAUCGAUCGAACGUGCUCUCUCUCCAACAAAGAAAGUGCGUCGCCCAUCUGCAACCUUCCGGCGCGACGCCAUGUUUGACUCGAGUAACCUUCGAGCGAGCACAACGCCAGCAGAGGACACGAAUCUCGAAGACGGCCCGUUGUCAACUCCAAACCAGGACCUCGUCAUCCGACACCGUUACUCUACCUCUCCACCUCUAUCUCCAACCCGACGACCCCAUGAAGAAUCCUCACUCGAUGCCCAAUCCCACUCGUUCUCUGAGCACCAUCUCCUCCCACCGCCACCAAGCCGCUUUCCCUCACUGAACUCCCUGAUAACAAUCUAUCCUUCCUCACAUACCCUGCAAUUCUCUCUCUUCUUCGUCAAGGUCGUCUCAACUCUUCACCCCUGCUCACCCCUAGCCGUGAACCCCUGGGUCCUCUACCCCGUUCUCCUUUCAGCAUUAUUGACCCUCCGAGUCCGAAGUGCCCAGGGACAGCUUCUGGCUGUUUUUGUGCAUUUGCUUUGUAUCGGGCUAGGUUUCCGUCUAGGUGCUUUGUGCAUGAGGCAUCGAGACUCGGAUAUGCACAUGUAA